AUGAAGCUAAGGACCCUAAAGCAUUAUACACGAAGAGAAGCUAAACAGAUGAGCCAACCUAUCGUUAUUCAGAGGCUAUUUGUCCUUAAAGACACGAUUGAAGAGGAGUAUUUGGACAAGAAGACGUUUGUGGCUGAUGGUAAUCCCAAGAAGGCAGAAGAAGAAGAAGAAGAUACUACUUCUGUUGAUGAAUUUUUGAACUGA